UCACUCAAUAAAAAAUCAAACUCGAUAAAAAAUCAAACCCUAAACCUCGAGAAAUACUCUGUGCAUCUGCCCAACCACUGGGCAACCAACCAGACAAAGGAAACACAGCCGUCCUUUUUCUGGAGACAAACGAAUGGAGAAAUCCAAAUUUUAGUUGUGGGGAGGGAAUGGUGGGAAGUUGUUUACAAGGUCAAGUGGCAACUCGAUUCCUCGUAAUACGCGUGCGAGGGAGCGUUUUUCCAAAACAUCUCAAAUUAUUUUAGAUUGACGAGGAAAUUGAGAGCGGAAGCAUAGAACAUUGACUGAUUGGGAAGAAGAGCGGCGAAUCCUUCUAGAGUAUGUGACCUAGCCCAUCACUAAUUGCAACUUGCAAGCUUUUAACCUUGUUCCUUUGGAUUCAUAACUUUUUUUAGCAGAAAAUACAUUAGUACUAUUUUUCUUCGAGCAGAUUCUUUUUUCUUCAUCCAACACUGUAUUUUUCAUCUGACAAAACCCGAAAAAAAAAAACAAUUACUCCAAUCUCUUAAUCAUGCGACACCCACCCCGACUGAGCACAAAUCUCUUCUAAUGUCCCUCUCUAACCUGCUGCGCUUAUACGGCAACACGCGGUCCACCCUCAGAGGCAGAGCAGUCCAUGGAAAGCUCAUCUUAUUUGGGUCCUACCCAGAUGUUUACACGAACAACCAUUUACUGUCAAUGUACUUGAAACUGGGUCUCUUUGCUGAUGCACGUUUGGUGUUCGAUAGAAUGCCUGAACGAAAUCUUGUUUCCUGGACAACUUUGAUAUCUUGGUAUUCGCAAAAAGGCCUCGCGGAAGAUGGUUUGAGUUGUUUUAGAUUGAUGGUUGAAGAUGGUUUUCGUCCCAACCAUUAUGCUUAUGUUGGUGCUAUUUCUUCUUGUGCUGGAAUUGGAGAUGUUAGGAGAGGUAAAGAAAUUCAUGGCAGGAUUUAUAGGGUUGAGGAGGAAUUGAACAGCUUUGUUAGUAACUGUUUGGUCAACUUAUAUGGGAAAUGUGGGAUGUUGAAAGCAGCUCGGUUGGUUUUCAAUGCAAUUUUAGAGCCCAAUUCGGUUUCCUUGACUUCGCUCCUUUCGUGCUAUUGCCAGAGUGGAGAAUACAUGGAGGGGUUGAAGGUUUUCUUGCAGUCUCACAGGGCUGCAGUGAAAGUGAAUGAAUUCUCUGCUGCUAGCGUACUGGGGGUUUGCGCUGCGUUAGAGAAUUUGGAGGUUGGCAUGCAAUUGCAUUCGCUUCUUGUGAGAUGUGGGAUCGGGAUGGAUCAGUUUGUUGUGACUGGGUUAAUAAGUCUUUAUGCGAAAUGUGGUGCAUUAGACUUGGCCCAUAGGGCAUUCUGGGAGGUGAAUGAUCCACAGUUGUCGGCGUGGACUACAUUGAUAGGAGGAUGUGUUCAACAAGGAAAGGAAAGAGAAGCCAUUGAUCUUUUCUGUAAGCUGCACUCUGCAGGCCUCAAGCCGAAUGAGAGGACAUUCUCAGCUGUGCUAGGAGCAUUUGCUGAUGCAAAGAGAAUUGAAGGUGGGAAACAACUCCACGCCAUGAUCAUGAAAUUGGGGUAUUGUUCUUUUACAAUGGUGGCUAAUGCAGUGGUGAACUUUUACUUGAAAAGUGGGCUUCUCAAAGAAUCUUGGAAGACAUUUGAAGAAAUGGAUGCACAUGAUAUUGUUUCUUUGAAUUCUAUGAUUUCUGGACAUGUAAAUUCUGGUCAAUAUGAAGAAGCCAUUGAACUUCUCCGUCAUAUGUUUUUUGAAGGAUUUGUUCCCAAUCUUUACACCUACUCAAGUGUUCUGAGCAUCUGUGGGGAUCUUCCAGCUAUUGAAUGGGGAAGGCAAACCCAUUGUUGCAUUAUCAAACCAGGGUUUCAUUCUAAUGUGGUUGUCGGAAGUGCCCUCAUUGACAUGUAUGCUAAAUGUGGACGGUUAAGUGAUGCUCGGAGAGUGUUUGAUAAUUUACUUUCAAAGAACUUGGUUUCGUGGAAUACAAUGCUUGUGGGAUACGCCCAACAUGGAUUUGGUAUGGAAGCAUUGGAGAUCUAUGAUAUCAUGCAGAAAGAUGGUGUCAAGCCUAACGACAUUACCUUUGUUGGAGUAUUAUCCGCCUGUGGGCAUGUGGGUCUUUUAGAGGAAGGAUUGCACUAUUUUGACUCCAUGACCAAAAUUUAUGGUAUCCCCCCAAGGAUGGAUCACUUAGCUUGUGUGGUCGGUUUAUUUGCGCGCAAAGGACAAACAAAAGGAGCAUAUGAUUUCAUAAAACGUUUUCCAAUGGAGCCAGAUAAGGUGGUUUGGCGUUGCCUUAUGUCAGGCUGCAAAACUAACAAAGACUUGGGUCUAGGGAAGUAUGCUGCUGAGAAAAUCCUUAGUAUUGACCCUGAUGAUACGUCAGCUCAUAUCAUGCUAUCAAAUAUUUAUGCAGAGGCAAAGAUGUGGAAUGAAGCAGCACAAAUAAGAAGGAUUAUGAAGGAGAAAGCAUUGAAGAAAGAUCCGGGAUACAGCUGGACUGAGUUGCAAAGCAAUAUAUAUUCUUUCGUUUCAGGGCAAAAUAUGGAUUUUCAAGGAUAUAGUAUUCAUGAAAUUUUGGAUGGAUUGACUGCCCAGUUGUUUGAUGAAGGAUAUAUGUGUGAUGCCAUGUUCUCAUUGGAUAAUGGGGAGUAUUUAUACCAGGAAGCGUCAGCAUAAUUGGCAGCUGAAGCUUAUUUGUUGACAGACUAAAAAGUAGGCUUUGAAGUUUAAGUCUGGAAUCGUGAUUGCAUGGGGAAAAUCAUUCACUCUGGGAUCACAUUGUCUUACGUAGACUUGUGAAUUUGGAGAUACCACCAGGUUGAGAGGCUGUUAUAAUGGGUGACUGUUUAGGUGAUAGGUCUUUUUUAGGUAAGGAUUUAGGUGAUAGGUUAACGAACUCCAAGGUUUGCAUCCAUAGUUUCUGAGGGAAGUCUGCCACACGCCCAAUUCAAAGUCCUGCCCCUGUUGACCGUUCUACGGAUUGUUGUCGUUGCCCCAAUUGGUGCAUGUCAAUGUUGAACAGCAAGUAUUGUGGGGAAAUAAAGGCUGAUCUGGCAUAUAGCAGUCCUUUGUGCUGAUUGUGGGAGCUCCGGAACUUCAAAAUUUGGGACUUCCAUUAGUUCAAAAGAGUUCAUUUUGCGGAUAAUUGGAUUACAACCCACUACAGUUUACUUGAAAGAUGUUCUAAGAGUAACUGACAAUGAAAGUACUAUUCUUUAUCCAUGUUGAGGGCUAAGAGUAACUGACAAUGAAAGUGAACCUCUCGAGCUCUUUCAGUCUCAUCGAAUUGUGGACAGCCCUCUAGCAAUUUCAAGGUUUCAGGCUCAAUUAAAAUCAAUCAUACCUAAUGGAAGGGGUAGUGGGCGGGAAUGUCAAUUAUAGUCCAGUGGGCUGGUUACGCCCAAAUGGUCCCUUGAGUCCAUGUGUGUGGAAUGGGGAAAGGAGCAUAGAGAUUCCUUAUCUGUUUGGGGGACAGUUGGGUCGGAGCACUGUCUCUGGUCGUGAUCAAACAUUGCAGUAGACCUCAGGUGCUCCAAUACGGAUUGGUCCGGCCACGUGGCACCAUUCUGGGUUGGCCGUGUGGCAAGGACAAAUAGUAAACGACGAGCUCGCUGCACAGUACUAGUACGGUCCGACCACGAGUCAUCGUCUGAUGUUGACAUGUGGCACGGUCCCUGGCUGGGUGAUAGCAAGUCUUUCAACAGUUGUCGGUACGGGCAUAUGGGUCCAACCUAGUGUGGCCACGUAGCUCGACAACGCUCUGGCCGACAAGCUCAAGGGCGCACCACUACCUGGCCAUGCGUUCAGGCGGGUUAGUGGUGGUUGGUGACAUCACCUUGGCACGAGGGAGGCAUUCUCCCCCAACUUGGUCACCAAGGCAGGCACUCGCCUGUAUAUACUACAGUGAUAAACCCUACCAGUGAACGGAAGGAAGAAGAGAGCUAGGCAACCCAACCCACUAAAGAUCUAGAGAGAAUCUGAGAAGGAGAGGCCCAAUCAAGAAGAGUGAACACCAUCCCCCAGAAAGGUGCACAAAAGAUGACCAACAACAAAAAGGUCAAUCUCCCGAGCUGCGAAAAAUUGGGCUAGUCGAAAGAUGGACAGCCCUCUAGCAAUUUGAAGGUUUCAGGCUCAAUUGUAGUCAUUCCCAAGGUAAAGCAGGUGCACAAAAGAGGACCAGCAACAAAAAGGUGAACCUGUCCUCUAGUUUUUCAUUUAGGUUUUGUCAGGUGUCUUAGUUUGUGUCCCGGUUGACUGCUGGUCCGGUUAACAUGUAUGUGACUUUUAGUCCUGUUUUUUGGGUCGAUGCUGUCUGUGUUUGGUUUUUGGAUUUGUGGUGGUACAUGUGGACAUGGAAAAGUUAGAAAUUAAUUUGAAUCUCAUGGAUACGUCUCCUUAAUCCUAUUA